AUGCCUCCGCCACCAAAUCUGCACAGACAGGCCUGCGCAGCACGGUCUGCUCUGAUGGUCGGAAAGGUCACUGAAAACUCCUCUACUCUUUAUUUAGGCAGGAAGCAGUACGUCACCACCUCUCCACCAAUCAGCGCCAGGAGGACCGUGUCAGCCCUCUCUGGGGCGGCUGCAGAGAGGCACUCGAAGCGAUUUCUGACCCACCGAAGACUCCGCUCCAUCUCGACGAUCCGGUCAGACUCGGACGGAAGCCGCCGCGGCUCUUCUCCCAGGAAGCCAGGCGGAGACCGCACCUGCUCUCCGCCCAGCGCCAAUAAGACCUCCGUAGACUUUGAGCGGACCAGGGAGGCUUACAGGAGCAAAGCCUCCUCAGAGCUGCUCAGAAGUUUGCUGGUUUUCAAACUUUGUUCCUAUGACUUCCUGGUUGAUAACAAUAUGGAGAUAAUGGAUCUAGGGAAGAAGAUCCUAGGUCCAAAAGCCUUUAAUCAGCUCAUGAAGAUCACGUUCUACGGCCAGUUUGUUGCUGGAGAGGACCACGUGGCCAUCAAGCCUCUGAUCCAGAAGAACCAGGCUUUUGGUGUUGGCUCGGUCCUGGACUACAGCGUUGAGGAAGACAUCAGCCGAAAUGAGAAUCAAGAGAUAAACUCAUGUGUCUCUGCUGCAGGGAAAGAAAGCACAGGCGAGGACUACAAACAGAAGAACUCCGGAGCGCACAGACAGUUGGGUGACAGUCACGGGGAACGGAACCGGGCCUGCACGUAUUUCUACGCUGAUGAGGCCAAAUGUGACCAGCAUAUGGAAACCUUUAUAAAAUGCAUCGAAGCAUCUGGUGGGAACAGGAUGGACGGUUUUUCUGCCAUCAAAAUGACCGCACUAGGGCGACCCCAAUUUCUGUUCCAGUUCUCAGAGGUCCUCGUGAAAUGGCAGCGAUUGUUCACAUUCCUGGCAUCACAGCAGGGAAAAGGUGGCCUGGAAGCCUUGGAGCAGAGACUGGAGCUGGCACAGCUGCAGGAAUUCUUGACCAAACUCGGAGCAAAAGGAGACAUCUGUGGUUGGUUUACGGGAAAGAAAACAGAAUCCACGGGGCACAUCGACAUACUUGACUGGAACAGCCUUAUAGAUGACAGAUCAAAGGCAUCAGAUCUACUUGUCGCUCCUAAUGUGGAGCUCGGUAAACUGGAGCCUCUGCUGCAGAAAUUCACAACGGAGGAAGAGAAACAGCUAGAGAGGAUUUUACUGCGUCUAGACACCUUAGUGAAGGUAAUCGCCAAUCAAAUAGAGAAUUUACUGCAAACAAAACUCAUCAUUUUACUUCUAGGCCAGGCCUAUUCAAAUGGCGGUCCGUGGGCCACAUCCGGCCUGCGGGCCCUACCCAGCUGGCCCACCUCACCCAAUCCCCCAACCACCAACGGAAUAAAAACUGUUGAAAAACAGUUUAAGCAUGCAAAACUAAACAUGUUCGCAACUGACUUGACUGGUGGAAGAAUGCUACAUUUUCCCACACUCUGUAAAGCCUCCUCUCCUCUGAAAGUCACGGCAGAAAUGACUGGUUUAGUCGCGAAAAUGAAGGACAACUUCACCAGUGGCCUGGAGGAUCUGUCACUUCCUACAGAGGCGAUGCAAUUGACGAAAGAUCCAUUUCCUGCCAUCGCUGAGGAAACAUUGUCCAUCAAAGCUAAGAAAGUGGUCUCUUCUAUUGAUGAGGGACAGUUCCUCCUGGAGUUGGUGGACAUGCAGUCAUCACUUAUGAUGCCACAAGAGCUGCGCACAAAUGGCCCCGCUAAGUUUUGGAGUCAGAUCAAUGCCCAUCAGUUCCCAAACCUCAGGAAUAAAUGUUGGGACCACCCACUCACUGAUAGCCAAGUCUCCUUUUCUGUGAAUCUUUGGAAGGUGUUUGGACUAUGUGCUGAAGAGAUGGCGCUCAAUAAAAAGGCCAACGUAAUGGUGGCAUCACACAACGAGGACACAGUAAAGCACACCUUGGAAAGACAAGCAGCAAAGAUGAAGGGAGUCAUCGUUGUCCGUCCCUCUCCUUUGAUCCCAGGCCGGGCAGGUUUUCCCGUCUACAAGUACGUCCCCUACGGUCCGGUGAGCGAAGUGAUGCCCUACCUGUCUCGACGAGCGCAGGAGAACCGUGGCUUCAUGAAGGGUGCACAAAAAGAGAGAGAUCUGCUGUGGAAGGAGCUGAAACGCCGACUCGUCUCUGGGGAGCUUCUUUACAGACCGGUGUAGUGAAAACCCAGAAGAGGAGAGUCUGUCAGCUUCUUGGUGUUUUCUUUUUCUGUUUCAGCAUCCGUCAACUCUCCAUCUCAGGUUGCUGCAGCUGUCUCCUCCAUCUCUCUCUGUUUUUACUUGUCCUAGAGUUUGCUGUUUUUUAACAGAUGGAUUGCAUGGAGCUGUAUUAUUUUUAGCCACCUUCACUCAUUCUGUGUGUUGCAGUUGUCCUUAUUUAUUUAUUUAUUUAUUUUGCCAUUAUCAGCCGUCGCAUCCAUGAGCUUUUCUCAUUUUUGUCGGCCCGUAGUGUGUAGAGCUGUGGCAUCCAUCAAGUGGGCAUCUUUACUGCUCCAAAAGGACCGCCUGAAAUGCCAACGGGACCGGAAUGGGCAUCUUUCUUUAUUACCCUAUUUAUCCUGGAGAGGAAAGGCAAUAAAACAUAACAGGCUUGAUUUAAAUUGUAGCAAAGGAAACAUUUUCUUGUGGGCGUUUUAAUUUUAUAUUCUCAGCCACUCGCCACCCUGAGAGGAUUUCUUCCUCUGUUCCGUAAAUUUGUGCUUGAAGGAGUAUUCCCUGUUUUGGAACAACACCUAUUUAUGAAUCAUGGAGGAAGCAUAAACCUUGCAGCGCGUCCCUCAUCCCUCUUCCUGAAACAGUGCAAUGCUUUUGUGAUGAUGCCGACUAGAAGAAGCUACGCUCUUCGUCAGUGAGGUGAGUUCAGUUCUGUGGAGGCGCCUGCAGAGCCUGGCGGCAGACGUUAAAAUGAAAUAAAAAGUAAUAAGUAAGAUUGAUGUUUGUCUCUUGUGCCCUAUUAUGUUUAAAAUAUUGAAACAGGGUUACAUGUGCUUGAAGCAUGGGGGUUUGUUAAUCCUGGGGACUUACUUGAGAAAUUGUUCAAUAAAAAAAAUGUGCACUGAAGACGACGACUUGUGUUUUGAUUAUUUCUGAUUUCUCUAGAAAACAUAAAUCUCCAAGUUAUUGAUGCUUAAUUAGUGUUUAAGUCAGGGGGAAUCCAGGCGUCAUGGGAAUUAUGACCCUGUGAUUUUACGAGUGCUGUCAGUGCUUUUUAGACAGUUAUUUAAUUACCCAUGAUGCUUCAUUCAUUGCAGAUGGCAGAAAUUGGAGGCAUUAAUCAUUACUCUGAAGAAACUUUGGCAGCAUGUUGAGUUCUACUGAGGCAGAGCACCACAGAGCUGUCACUGUGGCUCCGUGCUAUUGGUUUAAUUAAGAAAUCGACUUCUAAUUUAAAACGUGCCUCUGGGUUUACAUUUAACUACAAAAUCCCAUCUCACAGCGGGCUGAGGCGCUUUUUCUGUCCAGCUUGAUUUAGAAGACGCAUCACUGGCUAAUCUCCAGUAGGUCCAAGUCAAAAGUAGCCAAUUAUCACUCAUAUUUUAACAUUUUCAGGUGUUAAAGUCAGAUUUAGUAAAUUUACUGGAAUGAUUUCUAACCUUGUAAGUGAGGGAAUUAUUCUGUUUUCUGCUGGUUUAACCAGACUAAAUAUAUGAAGAAGAAGAAGAAAAUAUCAUUUCUAUAGCGCCUCUCAAGAUAAAAAACAUGAGGCGCUUCACAAAAAAACAAAAAGAUAAUGUAAAAAUAUAAAAAAGCAUUUAGAAAAUGUUUAAAAAUAUAUUUAAAAUGAGCAAAAAUAGACAAUUGUGAUUAAAAAUGUAAAGAAAGAGAGAGAGUGGACAGGAAAGAGGGAAAUCAGUGGAU